AUGGCUGUAAAAGAUAAGAAGAUCAUUAAAGAUGAGGAGUCAUCAGAUUCUUCAGAUUCAUCAUCUUCGUCAUCAUCAUCAGAAAGUGAGAAUGAAUCGAAAUCAAAUAAGAAAUCAGUAUUAAAGAGAAAGAAAGGAUCACCAUCAAAGGACUCAAAGAGAUCAGAUUCAUCAUCAGAUUCGUCAUCAGAUUCUUCUUCUUCAUCAUCAUCAUCAUCAUCAUCAGAGUCUGAGGCAGAGAAACCAUCAAAAGCAAAACAACAAAAGGUAGAAGAAAAGAAAUCAGAUUCAGAUUCAAGCAGUGAAUCAGAGUCCGAGUCAGAAUCAAGCAAAUCAAGUGAAUCGGAAUCGGAAUCAUCAGAUGUAGAUAUGAAAAAGGUUAAUUCUGACAGUGAAUCAGAAUCAGAUUCAGAUUCAGAGUCAAGCAGUGAAUCAGAAACAGAAAUAAAGAAUAAAUCAAAAGAGUCUAAAGAAUCAAAAUCAGAAUCAUAUUCAGAGUCAGAAGAUGAGAAAAUGAAAGAAGAUGACAGUAGUAGUAGUAGCAGAAGUAGCAGCGAUGAGUCAGAUAAUGAAAAUAGUGGCGAUGAAGAAGAAAAUAGAGAAACACUAGAUAAACUAUCGGAUUCAGAAGAUGAAACAGAGUACUCAUUGAAGCAACUUCAACAAGAAGAACAGGAAAGAAUAAAAGAACAAAAACAAAAACAACAACAGAAGCAGAAAUUCAAUGCAAAUCAACUUAUUUCGGAAUUGGAAGGAUUGACUUCAUUGACCAGUGUAGAAUCAUUAGAUUAUCGUAUAUCUGCAUCGUUGUCAACAAAGAUACUGUUACUCUUGAGAAGAACAUUGGCGCAUCAGAACAACGAGAGACUGCCACUCUCACAACUUUUACAGCAACUUUCAUUCGGUGGACUAUCAUACAGUGAUUUGACACUCUGGAAAGAUAUUUCAAAGUUUAAUCAUCAAACACUCUCACAAAUCGAUAAAAUUGAAUCUAAAUCAACAAAUAGUAAUAAUAAUAAUAAUAAUAAUAGAAAUAGUACAAAACAACAAAAUCAACAAGUUACAAAGACAUUCCACGACUUUUUCAUUGAGAGACUGACGGAUGAGUUUGGUGAUGAUAUCGACAAGAUGAGAGGUGACACUGUUUACGAUGAUAAGAUGUUAUCGACCAUUCUAGAGGGUAUGGAAGUUGGAUCAUCAUACAUGUUGGUUAAAUUAAAGAUAGAGAGUCAGUCAGUCAGUCAGAGUUUGGAAAUGGAUUCACCAACACCGUCCUUGUCAAAGGGUGUAUUAAGAGCAUAUCUUUGUAAAAAAGGACAUGGUAAUAAAGAGAAUCAACAUCAACCACAAGGAAGAAUUCCAUUAUAUAAUUGUAAGGUACAGGAGUAUGUACAUAAUAAAAACAAUAAUCCAAGAGAAUUCUGUUUCAUAGUGGAAACGAGUGAAUCAAAGUCAUGGAUUAUCUCGGCAAGCUCAAAGUCACAGCAACUUUUGUGGAUCGACUCGAUUCGCGAAGCCGCCAAAUUCGCCGAGGAAUCGGAAGAGUCGAAACAGAUAAAACAUCGACAGAUCGAACGAUCGAUUCUCACCGACUCGAAGAAUAGACAGCGUCUUACCAUUAUCAAGCUGCUGUUGCUUGGCACCGGUGAAUCGGGAAAGUCGACGGUGGUCAAGCAAAUGAAGAUUCUUCACUCCAAUGGAUUCUCGGCGGAGGAGAAAGAGUUCUACAGACAACUGGUACAGCGAAACCUGCUCGAUGGUGUAACGAUUCUCGCGCGGAUCAUCAUGGAGAGCGGUAAUAUCGAGGUGGCUGCCGAGACACGGCUGGCGAUCACCCACUUUCUCACAUGGCAACAGGUUUAUGAGCAGCGACGUCCCACCACUCUCCGUCUGAAAGGUGUCACCUCCGCUUCGAACUCGCCAUCAAUGAGUUCACCACCCAACACUCCUCCCACCGCAGGCAUCACUCUUAGUGAUAGUUUCGAUCUCAAUCUAUCGAAUAAUAGUAUUAGAUCAUCUGCCAACUAUGAAAGCAGUUAUAAUAAUAAUAACAACUAUAAUAAUAGUCACUAUAAUAAUAAUAAUAAUCUUACAUCAUCGACAAGUUCAACAAAUUCUUUAUAUUUAUCAACUGAAAGUAAUAUUAGUCUUAGUAAUAGUUACAAUCCAAACAAUAAUAGCAACAACCACAACAACAAUAAUAAUAAUCAAACCGAUAAUGAUCAACAAAUUAAAUUACAACAACCAGAUAAUAUCAACUUUAGUAGCAUCAACAUUAGUAACAACAGUAUUUAUUUAUCAUCACCUAUCAACACAAAAGGACACAGCAGAAACAACAGUGACUCAAAGAAUAUAUAUCAUGUAGAGGAGAAUGGAAUACCACCUAUCAUUUCAAACUAUAUCACCAGUAUAUGGGCAGAUCCAAUAGUUCAAACCGAAGUAUUGGCUAAAGCACAACAAUAUCAUUUCCAUGAAUCAACUACAUAUUAUUUAAAUGAAGUUAAAAGAAUUGGAAAAGCAGGAUAUUCACCAUCGAGUCUAGAUAUUCUAAAGUCUAGAUCACAGACCAACGGUGUGGUAGAAACCGACUUUAAGGUGAUGGAAGUACUGUUUAGGAUUGUUGAUGUCGGUGGUCAGCGUGGAGAGCGCAAAAAGUGGAUUUCAUUCUUUGACGACGUCACUGCAAUCGUUUUUGUGGCGGCUAUCAAUGAGUACGACCAAGUAUUGGCUGAAGACAACUGUACAAACCGUCUUCAAGAGUCACUCAACCUUUUCGAUCAAGUCUGUAACGAUCCUAUCUAUCCAAAGACAUCUGUAAUUCUAUUCCUAAACAAAAUCGAUUUGUUCCGUGAGAAACUAAAGAGAACACCUUUACAAGUUUGUUUUCCAGAUUAUAAUGAUGAUCAAACCUAUGAUAAGGCAUCUAAUUAUAUAAAGAAUAACUUUUUAAGUAAAAAGAGAGCACACGAUCAUUCAAGACAUAUAUAUUAUCAUUUCACAUGUGCAACAGAUACCAAAUCUUUUGAAACCGUAUUCAACUCUGUACAAGACAUUAUUCUAUCGAAAACAUUGGAUCUAGCUGUCAAUUAA